AGCGAGGUAUUCCACGCCCUGUCAUCAUCAUCAUCAUCAUCAAUCGCCGAUCAGCAUAAUGUCUCCUCCGGCGUCGGCUGCGACUGCCAGUGAAAGCCCCACCACCACCACCACCAUCCCCAACACCACCACCACCACCACCAGCACCACCGUCGCGUUUGAAGAAGACAGCAGGGAGGAGCAAAAACCCCUCAAGCAAUCUCUGAGCAAGUCACUAUGCCGCGAGAGCUUCUGGAAAUGCCUUCUCCUCUCCAUUCUCAUGUACGGCUGCAUGGGAGCCAUGGUUUGGUGUCACGUGACCGAGGUGACGCGUCUGACCUUUGACAGCGCCUUCAAAGGCAAAUCCAUGAUGUACCACGACAGUCCCUGCUCGGACGGCUACAUUUACAUCCCCCUGGCCCUGCUGGCCAUGCUCUACUUGGUCUACCUGGUGGAAUGCUGGCACUGUCACGUGCAGAACGAGCUGCAGCACAAAGCCGACGUGGACGGCGUUUACGAGCGAAUCCAGAGAAUGCAGCAGGCCAAACCGUGCAUCUGGUGGAAGGCCAUCAGCUACCACUACGUGCGGCGCACCCGGCAAGUCACGCGCUACCGCAACGGCGACGCCUACACCAGUACGCAGGUUUACCACGAGCGCGUCAACACUCACGUGGCCGAAGCCGAGUUUGACUACGCUCACUGCGGCGUGAAAGAUGUUUCCAAACAGCUGCUGGGCCUGGAGAAGUCUGCCCUCACAAAGAUGCGUUUCACCAAGUGUUUUAGCUUCGCCGACGUCGAGUCGGAGAAUUCCUACCUGACGCAGCGAGCCAGAUUCUUCACCGACAACGAAGGACUGGACGACUACAUGGAGGCCAGGGAGGGCAUGCACCUGAAAAACAUGGACUUGAAAGAGUACAUCAUGGCUCUGUCCGACCCGGAGCGCCACACCUGGUACCUCUCCCAUUACGUCUUCUGGUUGGCCUCCUUCCUGACCUUCUCCUGGCCUCUACGAGUGUUCACCGAGUACCGGACCGCCUACGUCCACUAUCGCGUGGAGAAACUCUUUGGACACGAUUACGCCCCGGCCACGCCGUGCGAGGACCGACCGUAUUGGCGACGUAUCCCUCGCGUCAACACCGUGGACAGCACCGAGUUGGAGUGGCACAUUCGCUCCAACCAGCAGUUGGUGCCCAGUUACUCGGAGGCGGGCCUCAUGGACCUAGCCCAGCGCGCCUCGGGCUUCGGCGGCGUUCGUCAGAAUUGCGAGCGCUGCCACAGGGCCAUCAGUUGCUCCUCGGUGUUCUCCAGAAGCGCCCUCAGCAUCUGCACGGGAGCCGGCUCCAGGAUCCCCUUCAGCGGCAGCCGCUUCUCCCUGACCCGACGCUACGGAUCGCAAAGGAGCUGCUUUUGGAGGAGCGGCGGCAGCUUGAACGAGCAGGAAAGUCCCAGCGAAAACACGCGCUGUCUUUCCGAGCGUCUCACCACGGACGACGAAGAACCCCCGGACUACGACGACGCGCUGUGUUACCCGGUGCUGAUCGUCCACUGCAGCGACAACUGCCACGGCCGCAGGUCCUUCCGCACAAAUGGCUCUUGCGUGGAGACUUCACUAUGAAGAAAAUCUGUAGCAUACAAACACUUGACUGCAUGGGAGGUACGCAAACGACUGCCUCAAUCCCCCAUGUGUGAAUCGACAAAGCAAUAAGUCUGAUCGGUAAGGUGUGAAGACUGUUAACGCUGCCGUCACUGCGGUUACCUCCAUCACUCACUCGCUCACUCGCUCGCUCGCUCGCUCUCUCGCUCACUCACUCACUCGCUCACUCGCUCACUCACUCACUCACUCACUCACUCACUCACUCACUCACUCACUCACUCACUCACUCACUCACUCACUCACUCACUCACUCACUCACUCACUCACUCACUCACUCACUCACUCACUCACUCACUCACUCACGAGAGAGAGCUGGACACAAAAAGGUCUGAAAGUGGUCACGGUAACUUGGCAAGUUUGAAGAGAUUCUUCGUCCAUAUGGUUGCUCAACUUCCAACUCCAGCAAUAAAGGCAAAAACCCAAGUCGAGUGGAAGGUCAAAUGGAGAAUGUUAGUUGGACGCAAAGGAAGCAGAAUGAAACGUGCAUCUCCGCCACAACCAACCAACCAACCAACCAACCAACCAACCAACCAACCAACCAACCAACCAACCAACCAACCAACCAACCAACCAACCAACCAACCAACCAACCAACCAACCAACCAACCAACCAAC